AUGCAGCGGCAAAACUUUGGUAACAGUGCCGAAGUUAUUUCGAGUAAGGAUGAUGAGAGCGAAGAGUUUUACUCUCCUAAAGGUUCCAUUAAUGGCAGAGACAGCUCGAUCGGCGCCGGAUCAGCUUCUAGAAGAACUUUUCCCGUCGUGGAAGUCGAGAAUUUCAAUGGCUCCACUUCAAAUUCUUCCUCUACUUACUCUUCUUCCCUCCCUGGAUCGGGUUCUCCGGCGCUGUCUGCGUCCUUCACCCUUUCUCCGGCGAAUAAUCAGACCCCGAUAAACUCGAUGCCUAAAUCGCCGAACUUAAUCGAGAUUCAAAAAUUGUGGUAUAAUUGUUACUACUUGGUCACUAUCGUUGAAAGAAUGGCAACAGUUAAACACAAAAUACUAGUCUUGUCUGGAAAGGGUGGUGUUGGGAAGAGUACAGGUUCAGCUCAAUUAUCUUUUGCCCUGGCAGCUAUGGGUUUCCAGUUUCUCCAAGCAACUGGAAUAGAUGGAGCCAUAAUAGUUACUACUCCUCAGCAGGUGUCUCUUAUUGAUGUAAGGAAAGAAGUGAGUUUCUGUAAGAAGGUUGGGUUGCAGGUUCUCGGAGUUGUCGAGAACAUGAGUGGUCUAUGCCAACCCAUGUCAGAUCUCAAAUUCCUAAAGCUGGUGAACAAAAAGACAUGA